CAUGACAUUAUAAACACAUUUUCAAAUGAUAAUACUAUAUCAGAAAUGAUGCUAAAUAAUAAUGUUCUGUUUUAUCGACGUUACUUCUAAGAUUAGUCAUAACGCUAUGUGAUGUGAACGCUUUUGUAUUCAUCGUACGAAGGUAGUUAUUUUAAUAUAGAUAAUGCAAAAAUGUCGUAUAACAGAGGAAGUAUCGGAGAGCAAACACCAUUGUUGAGGAGGAACGUGACUUCUGGAUUCAAUUUGAGGCAGCUCCUUCUACGAAGGAUACCAAUCUUGGCAUGGAUACCUCAAUAUAGCUCGUCCAAACUUCUGCAAGAUAUCUUAGCAGGAUUGACUGUUGGUUUGACUGCUAUACCGCAGGGUAUAGCUUAUGCAAUUGUAGCCGGACUUCCAGCUCAGUACGGCCUGUACAGCAGUUUCAUGGGAUGCUUCGUGUACUUGGUGUUCGGUAGCUGCAAAGAUAUCACCGUGGGACCUACGGCAAUAAUGGCUUUACUGUCGCAACAGCACGUUAUAAGGCUGGGAGAAGAUAUUGCCGUACUUUUGUGCUUCCUGACUGGCUGCGUGAUAUUGCUGAUGGGUCUGCUCCACUUGGGAUUUCUUGUGGAGUUUGUUAGUAUGCCAGUGAUAUCUGGAUUCACUAAUGCCGCUGCCAUAAUAAUUGGAACGUCUCAGUUGGGCACAUUGCUUGGCUUAAGUGGAAGAAGCGAUUCGUUCGUCGAUGCCAUUUCCAAAGUUGUCAAUCAUUUUGAUAAAAUCACCUUUUGGGAUCCCUUGUUAGGAAUCUGUUCCAUGAUCUUACUCGUCUGUCUUAAAAAACUACCUGGAAAGAAAGGAGGCACGAUGGGGGAAAAAUUCAUGUGGGUCACAUCUCUGGCAAGGAACGCUGUAGUCGUCAUCUUUGGAAUAAUAUUAAAUCGCUCGUUGUUCUCUUACGGCAUUAAGAUCUUCAAAAGUACUGGAAACAUAACCGAAGGUCUACCGCCCUUUGCACCGCCACCGUUCUCCCUUACAAAAGGAAACCAUACGUAUCAUUUCCAGGAGUUGAUCGGUGAACUGGGAAGCACCGUCAUCUCAGUCCCGUUAAUAGCAAUUUUGGAGAGCAUUGCUAUUGCCAAAGCGUUUGCAAAAGGGAGAACCGUUGACGCUAAUCAAGAGAUGCUGGCUUUAGGACUUUGCAACAUUUUUGGGAGCUUUUCCCGAUCAAUGCCAACCACAGGAAGCUUCACAAGGACCGCUGUAAACAACGCCUCGGGCGUAAAAACACCGAUGGGCGGUGUAAUUACCGGAUGCCUGGUGCUUUUAGCGUGCGGCCUUCUCACUUCCACUUUCCAAUUCAUCCCCAAAGCAACUCUCGCCGCGGUGAUCAUAGUUGCCAUGUACUACAUGCUCGAGCUUCGUAUAUUCCUCGUCCUCUGGAGGACGAAAAAGAUCGACCUGAUACCUCUGACUGUGACCUUGUCGAGCUGCUUGGCAAUUGGUCCAGAAUACGGGAUGAUCGGCGGGAUCGUGGUAAAUCUGAUUCUCCUGCUCUAUUUCGCGGCCAGGCCUGGAUUAUUGAUCGAGGAACGGGUGGUCGAUGGGCUGACGAUCCUGUUUGUCUCACCGAAACAAUCCUUGAGCUAUCCAGCCGCCGAGUACCUUCGUGAACGAGUCAUGUCGUGGUGCGACACCAGGCCAGGAACGAUUCCCGUGGUCGUGGAAGGCCGCCACGUGCUGAGAAUCGAUGCUACGGUCGCCAAGAAUCUCGCUCUGCUCCUCGCCGACCUGGAGGCAAGGGAUCAGAGGCUGGUAUUUUGGAACUGGUGCGAGCAAGCCAAGAGGACCUUGACGAGCUACGACGCCUCCCUCCACGCGUCCUUUAAAAGUUCUGGAAGCGUGGGGCAGAUAUUCUCGCCUAGAACAGCGACACGAGAGUGAAAUCAUGAAGAGAAACAGGUCUCAGAUUGAAGUCUGAUUACUUCAAUGAGAGGAGGAGAGAAUAUUUUAUUUGGUUUUAAGAUUAGAUAGUUGGAACUUUGGUAAUUAGGGGAUUGUUGUGUUGGAAAGAAAAUUGUAGCAGUGAAUAUGAUGUAUGAUUGUGGUGAAGAAGAAUGAGAGACUUUGUGCAAAAGGAGGAGAUAAGUGGAAGAGUAAUCUUCUUAUUCUGUAGAAGGAGAAUUUGCAAAAUUGAAUUUAUUAUUCUAUAGUUUAUAAUGUAUUAUUGUAAUUUUGAUUUAAUUCACUUAAUUUUCUUAUUUGUAUUCCACAACUCCUUCUUUUCUAUUUAAUUUUGUUAUUUUGUUACUUUAUGGAAGAUAGUUUUCAUCAAGUUAUCAUAUUAUGGUUAUUAAUGACAUUUUAAAUUUUUGUAAAGGAGAGCAUAAAUUAUAAUUAUGUAUUUUGUUACAUUUUUUAAAAUGUAUUUGAUUAGUAUUUUGUGCUCAGGUGAUAGAUAGAUUUAUAUGUUAAGAUUGGAAGAUUAUUAAAGGAUAUUAUAAUGAUCUUUCUAUUCAUAAAGUGGAACUUUGAAUGUUUCCACGAAUAUCUACUAUUAGAAAGUUUCAUAAGAGCAAUUUUCGUCGAAAAUUGCAAGCAUUUAUAUAGAGUUUUAUUACAUAUGCGCAUGAAAAAUACAAUUAAAUAGUAAUGUGCAUUUAUUACUCGUUUUAAUUCAUUUCUAUUUAAUCAAUUUUCUCUCAAUUAUUGAUAAUUAAUAUCUUAUUAUGUGAUAUUGUUUACAAAUCUGUUUUUAUGAUUUUUAAUAAAAUAAUGAGAUCUGAGAUAUUUAAUUAUCAUAUUUGCAUAAUCGUUAUUUUUAAAUUGGUUUCACGUUUGUUAUAAUAUAAAUUUUUUUCUUAAAUUCUAUCAUAGGAGUAAUUUUAUUUCCAGUUUAAUAUAAUUCAUAUAAAAUGCUAUUGUACCUGCAGUAAGGAUAGAAAUUUGUGAAACCUAAGUCGAAUUUUAAAUUAUGUAAAAAAUCAUUAAAAAAAAUUUUAAAUAUAAAUAUUUUACAAUAAA